GGCGCCGCCCAGAAGCCCCGGGAGAAGAGUGUCAGUGAACUAACAGGCAGACUCUCCUCCUCCUCAACUCGGGGAUUCUCGGCUGGAGGCGGCGGGGUGGGUCCAGGCCCCCGCGGCUGCACAGCUACCCCGCCCCGCCCCCUCCACCCAAGCGGCCCGGCCCCGCUUAGAGCUUCCUUUUUUUGCCCCCUCUCUUCCCCGCUUCCUCCCUUCUCUGCCUCGCAGCCCAGCCAGGGUGACGGACGAAUCCUCUGGGCUCGCCGGUGGCGGGGCUCGCUUUCCUCUUCGGCCUCCUUCCGCGAGCUUGGACUAAGAGCCCGGCCUUGGGGCGUCUGGUACGGCCCGCCCCUUCCGUCGAGUCCGGCUACCUUCGUGCUUGCCCAAGUGUCCAGGCUUCGGGGGCUGCAGAAAAAGGAGGAGCUGGUGCGGUCCCUGCCCCUUACCCAGCGCACCUGAGCCGGACGCGGCAUUCGAAUCUGAAACCAGGAAAGGACCAGUGUCGUUAGGAGUGAGUAAGUUUAAAUCCCAGGAGUUGAAGAAAAUGGGAGAUAAUGAAGAAAGAGAAGAAAUACCUCUCCAGUUAGAGGAACCUAAUGCUAGCACUCAGUGCAAUGGUGGCACUAUCAUGGAGUGCUCUAAGUCUGUUCCUUGUGGUUGGAAAAGGAUUGUGAAGCAAAGAUUAUCUGGAAAAACAGCUGGAAGAUAUGAUGUUUAUUUUAUCAGCCCUGAAGGAGUGAAGCUCAAAUCCAAAAGUUUACUUGCAUGUUACCUUCACAAAAGUGGAGAGACUUCUCUUAAGCCACAGGAUUUUGACUUCCGGGCCCCUCCCAAGAGUAACCCUCCAUCAGGACCCCCAUAUCCCAGCGUGGAAGUUCUAGGAGCACAGUUCCAGGUGGAGCCAAGCUGCCUGAGCCCAAAGCAGAAGCUUACAAUGCCUCGCAGGAAAGAAAAAGAUGUGCUUCCUCCCGCGUGUAGAGUUUCACAGGUGCAGGACCAGAAUAGUGAACUGUCUUGCUUCACUUUCCACCAGAGGCUGCAGAAGGGUGCUGAUGUCAUUGGCUCUCAGAAUCUGAAAAAGCCCACAGGAAAGGCAACAGCUACAAAAGGGAGUCACAUUAAGGAAGCUAAGAAAAGGGGAGGGAAAGGUCAUUCUGGCUGCAUUCGAAGACAAAAAAAGGCAGCAUCUGGUGAAGAAGCUGUUUCUAGUGCACAUGAUGAUCACCUGGAGAAACCCCUGUGCUCUUCUGAUGACGGAAUGAGUGACGAGCAUAUAAAGGUGACAGAUGUAGAAGAAAAGGAACUGAUAAAGAAAGUAUUGGCUUCAGGCUCACAUUCCCAAAUGCCUGCUGCACAAGGAGCUUCUUGUACAGAAAAUACAUUAUGUGCCAGUGAAGUUUCAGAAUAUGAAGAAAAGAGUGGGCGCAUUUCUGUAGGAUCUGAAAGGACCUUUAUAGAAACUGGGGAAGAGAAGGAGCAUUUGCAAGCUGACAUUUUAAAAUGUAAUUCUGAAAUAGACACUAGCAGCUCCCAAGAUGAAAAAGAUUUGACUUUUGUGACGACAUUUCAAGAAAACACCAUCCAACGAACGCAAGUGGAGAGAAGGAAAACCAGCCAGUAUUUCUCCAACAGAUACAACAAAGAAGCCCUUAGUCCACCUCGACGGAAACUGUUUAAAAAGUGGACUCCACCUCGGUCCCCUUUUAAUCUUGUCCAAGAAACACUCUUUCAUGACCCAUGGAAGCUCCUCAUCGCUACCAUAUUUCUCAAUAGGACUUCAGGUAAGAUGGCAAUCCCUGUGCUCUGGGAGUUUCUGGAGAGAUACCCUUCUGCUGAGGUGGCAAGAGCUGCAGACUGGAAGGAUGUAUCAGACCUCCUCAAGCCUCUUGGCCUCUACGAUCUUAGAGCCAAAACAAUUAUCAAAUUCUCAGAUGAAUAUCUGACCAAACAGUGGAAGUACCCAAUCGAACUGCACGGGAUUGGAAAAUACGGCAACGACUCGUACAGAAUUUUUUGUGUCAACGAAUGGAAGCAGGUCCAUCCUGAAGACCACAAGUUAAACAAAUAUCAUGACUGGCUCUGGGAAAAUCAUGAAAAACUCAGUCUCAGUUGAAAAGACUUAAUGUUUUAACCUGGAUUUCUGACUACAUCAGGCCUCCUUCUGAGAACCAAGUCGUCAUCACAACCCCUCCUCACGCUCUCUGCCUGUACAGACUAAAGUCAUAGCAAACACAGAUGGAACCAAGUUAUACAAAUGUUAUUAAGUGAUAGCUGUGCUCCACUUUGUGUUUGUGACUAAAUGUGCCCCCAAGAUGCUUUGAUACAUUUUUAAAUAAAUAAUGGCCAAAUUUCA